AUGGUAUAUAUGAAAAAAAUUAUAUAUGGAUUUUCAGCUAUAAAAUCUGAAUAAACGAAUUUCUAAUUGAGAUUUGCAAAUUUUUGAUAUUUUUUUUAGGAAAUCAAACUUACUACGGCGUGUCGGCGUAUAUCACGUGACCUUGUUUCAUCGCCCUCUGGUGGAAGUACUUGGCUGGCUUGGAAUUCAGAAAUAAGUUCAGUCCACAACUUACCUACACUUUGUUCGUGAGUUUGCAGAUUUGAGGCUGUCAGCGUUGCUUUUCGAAGGGAUGCUCAGCUGCGUCUGUUUUCCGUAGUCGAAAAUACGGAUAAGUUACUGAAAAAGAUUAUUUAAAAACGAUUACUUCAAAGGUAUUACUUUAAAGAGUAAACUAAACCCACAAACAUGGACAGGCUUUUACGGUUAGGAGGUGGCAUGCCAGGAUUAAACCAAGGUCCUCCACCCUCAGAUGCUCCAGUUGUGGAUACUGCUGAACAGGUGUACAUUUCUUCCUUGGCAUUAUUGAAAAUGCUGAAACACGGGCGAGCUGGAGUACCCAUGGAAGUUAUGGGUCUUAUGCUUGGUGAAUUUGUUGAUGAUUACACAGUUCGAGUUAUCGAUGUGUUUGCAAUGCCACAGACUGGAACUGGUGUUAGUGUGGAAGCAGUGGAUCCAGUGUUCCAAGCAAAAAUGUUGGAUAUGCUGAAACAAACUGGUCGGCCAGAAAUGGUAGUAGGCUGGUAUCAUUCCCAUCCUGGAUUUGGAUGCUGGUUGUCUGGAGUUGAUAUCAAUACACAACAGUCGUUUGAAGCUCUCAGUGAAAGAGCAGUAGCUGUUGUAAUUGACCCUAUUCAGUCAGUUAAAGGCAAAGUUGUAAUCGAUGCAUUUAGGUUAAUCAAUCCAAAUAUGAUGGUCCUUGGACAAGAACCUCGACAAACUACUUCUAACUUAGGUCACCUUCAAAAGCCAUCCGUGCAAGCACUUAUUCAUGGACUGAACCGACAUUAUUAUAGUAUUAGCAUUAAUUACCGUAAAAAUGAACUUGAGCAGAAAAUGUUGCUAAACUUACACAAAAAAACAUGGAUGGAUGGCUUGACCCUUGCAGAAUAUUCAGAGCACAGCAAACUCAAUGAAAAUGUAGUCCAAGAAAUGCUUGAAUUGGCUAAAAACUAUAACAAGGCGCUUGAGGACGAAGAAAAAAUGACUCCAGAGCAGUUAGCAAUCAAGAACGUUGGUAAGCAAGAUCCAAAACGACAUUUGGAAGAGAAGGUCGAUAAUCUUAUGACGACCAACAUCGUUCAAUGCUUGGGUGCUAUGCUUGAUACCGUUGUCUUCAAAUAACUAUCUGAAUUGACUUGCAAUGCGAAUUUACAAAAAAAGAAAUAUCUUUUUAAUACUACCUUGACUAAUUUUGUUUUUUAUACUCAUCAAUUUUUCAAUUGAAAGUGCUCACGGAUGUGUAAAAAAAAGUAAUGUAUUAAGUACAUUUUCAAAUUUUUAAUGAAAAUAGUAAAUUGUCUUUACAAAACUAA